AUGAAAGUGUUGUCAAUCGACACUGAACUUUCACGGCUUCACCAUGUUGCGGUGGCGGAAAAUGAUCUGACACUACUAUUCCACUGUAAUUACCCUAUCCGUAGCCAAAUCUCUUUCAUAGAGUUAUCCUCCGAUGGUGGUGGCAACGACGAUGAAAAUGAUGAAGACGACGACGUCGACAAGAUUGUAAGAAAGAUUUUCACACCUUUUUGUAGCUCCAUGCUUGAAUUCAACAUCAUGGGUUCAUGUAAUGGCUUGUUAUGCUUGUCUGAUUCGCUUUAUGGUGAACCCAUUUACGUUUUCAACCUAUUUUCCCGAGAUUAUCUGGAGCUUCUGAAAUUCAAGCAGUUUCUGGAACAGGAGGUGAUGUUCGUAUUCAGAUUUCACCCAAUUACGAACGAGUACAUUGUUGUGAAGAUUGUGUACUACAGAAACGGGCAAGGGAAACGGCGGGUCAUUCAAAACAAUAUGAAUUACCCGAAAUCAGAGGUUUAA